AUGGAGAAGCUCGGCGCGAACCCGGCCAACUCCUGCCCGCUCACGCCGCUGGGCAUCCUGGCGCGGGCGGCCGUCGUGUUCGCCGACUGCCCCUCCGUCGUCUACCGCGCCACCGUCUUCACCUGGUCCCAGACCUACCGCCGCUGCCUCUGCCUCGCCUCCGCGCUCUCCGCCCUCGGCGUCUCCCGCCGCGACGUCGUGUCCGUGCUGCUGCCGAACGUGCCGGCCAUGUACGAGGCGCACUUCGGCGUGCCCAUGAGCGGCGCCGUGCUCAACACCAUCAACACGCGCCUCGACGCGCGCACGGUCGCCGUCCUGCUCCGCCACUCCGGCUCCCGGCUCGUCUUCGUCGACCCGGCGCUGCUCCCGCUCCUCGACGACGCGCUUCUGCUCCUCCCGUCGGAGCACUCGGCCCCGCGCGUCGUGCUCGUCGAGGAUCCCCACGAGAAGGAUCAGUUCCCUCCGGCCCCGGCCACGGAUCUGACGUACGAGAGGCUCCUCGAGAUGGGUGACCCGGAGUUCAAGUGGGUUCGUCCGGCCAGCGAGUGGGAUCCGAUGGUGCUCAACUACCCCUCCGGCACCACGGCUGCGCCCAAGGGGGUCGUGCACUGCCACCGCGGGAUCUUCUUGGUGACCAUGGUGUCGCUCGUGGACUGGGCUGUGCCGCCGCGGCCGACGUUCCUGUGGACGCUGCCCAUGUUCCACGCCAACGGGUGGAGCUUCCCCUGGGGAAUGGCCGUCGUCGGCGCCACCAACGUCUGCCUCCGCCGCGUCGAUCCCAAGGAUGUGUACGCCGCCAUCACGGAUCACGGGGUCACGCACCUCUGUGGCGCGCCCGUCGUUCUCAGCAUGCUGGCCAACGCGCCGGAGGGUGUGCGCAAGCCUCUGCAUAGGAAGGUACGGAUCAUGACCGCUGGCUCGCCGCCGCCCGCUGCGGUGCUGCACCGUGCGGAGGCAUUGGGCUUUGAGGUCAGCCAUGGAUACGGACUGACGAAGACUGGGGGUCACGUCGUGUCGUGCGCGUGGAAGGGCGAGUGGAACAAGCUGCCGGCGUCGGAGCGUGCGCGGCUCAAGGCAAGGCAAGGCGUGCCCACCCCCGGCAUGGCCGAGGUGGACAUCCUGGACGGCGAGACCAGCCGCAGCGUGCCCUGGGACGGCGCAACCAUGGGCGAGAUCGUGCUCCGCGGCGGGUGCGUCAUGCUGGGCUACCUCAACGACAGCGAGGCGACAAAGGCAGCGAUCCGGGACGACGGGUGGUUCUACACGGGGGACGUGGGCGUGAUGCACCCGGACGGUUACCUUGAGAUCCGGGACCGGUCCAAGGACGUGCUCAUCAGCGGCGGCGAGAACAUCAGCAGCGUGGAGGUGGAAUCCAUGCUCUACGGCCACCCAGCGGUGAGCGAGGCGUCGGUGGUGGCACGGCCCGACGAGUUCUGCGGGGAGACGCCGUGCGCGUUCAUGAGCCUCAAGGAAGACGCGGCAGGCACGGUGACUGAGGAAGUCCAGGAUAAGGGGGUAUCCGGACAGCCGGACUAUAUACUUUGGCCGGACUAUUGGACUAUGAAGAUACAAAUUGAAGGAUACGGCACAAUGGAGACAAAGGCGCACACGUGCAGCAGGGCCUCGUUCAAAGGUUUCUUUUUAGAUUAA